UAGAUUUUGACAGAUGACGAUUACAGUUGUCAAAAAGUAUUUAAUGAUGUGGCCUGAACUUAUAAGUGUUUAAAAUUUUUUAUUUAACAACAAAAUUAGGAUGUAUUUAAUGUAACAGUAUAACAAAAAGCCAACUAAAAUGGCCUACCAAACUCUUAGACAAGAAUAUUUGAAUAUGCCCCCCGUUACGAGGGCAUAUACAACUGCCUGUGUGAUAACAACUAUAGCUGUGCAAUUAGAAUUAGCGUCGCCAUUUCAGUUAUACUUUAAUCCAACAUUAAUACUAAAAGGUCAGGUAUGGAGACUUGUAACUACAUUCCUAUUUUUUGGGGCCUUUGGGUUUAAUUUCUUUUUUAAUAUGAUAUUUACCUACAAAUAUUGUAAAAUGUUAGAGGAAGGUUCAUUUAGAAACAAAACUGCGGACUUUGUUAUGAUGUUCUUAUUUGGAGCAACUUGUAUGAUUGUAUCCUUUCAUAAACUAUUAACCAAUUUACUGUAUAUUACAGUAUAUUUGUUUUCCUUAAUUGGUGUUCAGAUAUCGGGAUUCUUUAUAAAUUUACUUUUUUUGGGACAAGCUUUUACGAUAAUGUUGGUUUAUGUGUGGUCAAGAAGAAACACCUUUGUUAGGAUGAACUUUUUUGGAAUUUUCAAUUUUCAGGCACCUUACUUGCCUUGGGUUUUAUUAGCGUUUUCUUUAUUGUUAGGAAACGCAGUAUAUGUAGACUUAUUAGGAAUAGCUGUAGGACAUGUCUACUAUUUCAUAGAAGACGUUUUUCCCAGCCAAAGAGGAGGUUUUAAAAUUUUAAAAACUCCGGCGUUUAUGAAAGCUUUGUUUAACUCAAACGAUGAUCCAGAUUACAUGCCUUUACCAGAAGAAAGACCCGGUGGUUUCGAGUGGGGUAAUAGACCAAAUAACAAUCAAGACGAAUAAAACUAAUAGGACAGUAAAGUGAUUACUAUAAUACAAAAACGUGACAUUGUCACGGACAAUCUCAGAUUAAGUGUCGUUACAAUAACUCACUGUAAUUAUAAUUAAAAACGACUCAUUAAAAAUAAAAAAGGUUGUCAUCAAAUAGCAGAAAUUUUGUCAUAUAUUUGAUAUAAGCAACUCUGUAAUUAAUUGUAAAAAAGUAAAUUAUUUUAUAACACUUUAA